AUGUCCACUCUUCACGUUGUUUCCCUGUCAUGGGUUGAAUUAACAGCUGGUGGUCUUUCUAUCUUCCUUUUAUUCUUUUGCCUGUACAAACUUGCUCUUCCCAACCCUCUUCCCGGAAUACCUUACAACGAAAAUGCCACAAAGCGCCUAUUAGGAGACCUGCCGGACUUGAUCAAGCAUCAGAAGCAAACCGGGGAGCAACGCCGAUGGUUCGCGCUACAGAACCAGAAGUUCAACUCUCCGGUUUGUCAAGUCUUCAUCCGCCCCUUCGGAAAGCCCAGGGUGAUUCUGUCGGACUUUCGAGAGGCGCACGACAUUCUCUCGAAAAGACUGAAGGAUUUCGACCGCAGUGAUAGAGCCCGGGAGGCAUUUGCGGGAAUCAUCCCCCACCAAAUGCUUUCCUAUCAGACAGUGGAUCCUAAGUUCAAGAAGCAUAGAGAGCUGAUGAGGGAUCUCAUGUCACCAAAGUUUCUCAAUCAGGUCUCAGCUCCCGAGAUAUACUCCAAAGUCAAUACUUUGGUUAUGCUCUGGCAUGAGAAGUGCUUACAUGCCGCUGAACUUCCGUUUGAUGGGAAGACGGAUAUUCAGAGAGCUACUCUCGACGUUAUUACAGCUGUUUCCUUCGGUCUAGACGACAAGAAUAGUGCCACCAGGCGGCAGCUGGAUGACAUGUUGUCUAGAUCUACGGCAGGUGUCAAAUUCACGCAGCCCGGGAAGACGAUUGUGGAUUUUCCCAUUCAUCCGUUGACGGCAGAACUGGAUGCCACUUUGACUAUUGUUGAAAGCUCCGCAGUUGGUUUCUCGUCGCCAAUACCGCGAUGGCACUACUGGAUUCUGAGUCAAUUUCCAUACCUGAAAAACGCCGCUAGAGUUAGGGAGGAGUGGACGCGAUGCGAGAUUGACAAAGCGGUCAAACGAAUCUCCAAAGACGGCUCCGAGAAUGCAUGGGCAACGCGCUCCGCACUCGAGUUUAUGGUAAUUCGCGAAGCUGCCGCUGCUAAGAAGGCCGAGAGACCGCCGAGAUUCCAUCGUAGGCGUAUUUAUGACGAACUGUUUGGGUUCAUUAUUGCAGGGCACGACACAACGGCUGCUACUCUUUCGUGGGGAGUCAGAUACAUUGCGGACUGCCCACGAGCACAAGAAAAACUUCGAUCACUCCUUCAGAAUGCCUUCUCGACCGCUCUUACGGAACAUCGCCAGCCAACGAUUGACGAAAUAACCGGUUCGUCUAUUCCAUAUCUCGACGCCGUCAUCGAGGAGACACUGCGCCUCAGUGCGGUACUCCCAAUAGUAAGCCGCGAAGCAAUGGUCGACACAACGAUUCUAGGAUAUGCCAUUCCAAAGGGCACCUCCGUCUUCUUUACACUAAACGGACCCAGCUUGAUGAAGCCGGCAAUCAAGGUCCCGGAGACUAUUCGGAGUGAGAGCUCACAGCGUACAAAAGAUCGAUAUGGAGAGUGGCGGGCAGAGGAUGUCGAGCAAUUCGUACCCGAACGAUGGAUAGAUGUUGACGACAAGGGUGUUGAGACUUAUAACGCCAUGAAGGGGCCAUUCCUCACAUUUGGCAGUGGACCACGAGGAUGCUUUGGAAGGAGACUUGCUUACCUACAGCUUCGGAUCUUCUGGGUGUUGCUUAUGUGGAACUUUGAGUUUCUCCCUGUUGAUGCGGAGUUCAGGACUCAGGAUGUUGUAGAGCAUGUUGGGGUAGAGCCGUGCGAGAGUUAUGUACGACUGAGAAAAAUAGAGCGUACUUGUCGUGGUUGUCACCUCACCUGUCAGAACAAGGAACUUCACGUCGACAAGAUUUGUUAG